AUGAUAGUGAUCGAUACUCAGUGCAGAUCUCAAGCCCGUGAAGAAGGUGGGGAAAUGCUAGAGGCGAAUCCGAACCUACUUGUAAUGCAUGGUGCACUAUAUCCGGCUAGAUAUCACCGUGACGUACGACUCUACGCUUACCCUUCGAAAUCUCCAGCUUACUGGUUUCUUCUAAACAGUCAGAAAGGCGCCGCACCAAUGGUCAUAGCUGCUCAACAAGGCGAUUCGUACGACAGAACAACAUUUCUCCAUGCAUUGAAACUAUUUCUGGAUGAAACACAGCUUCUUAAAAAUGAUCAUCCAAUCGAGUUCGGCACUGAAGCUCAUCUCAUGCACGAGAUUGCCACGUAUCUUGUUCAAUCAAAAGGUCGUCAACCUCGACUUCGGCGAGAGCAUUACGUUUUUUACAUGACACCUGAUCAGAUGGAGAACGCUCAAAAAGUCGAAUGUGCACUACCAUAUGGAUAUGAGAUUUCCAAUUUGACAAAGGAAGAUGCCAGAGAUAUCCACCAAUCAUCUGAAACUAAGGAGCCAUUCGAAACCUUCAGAUGUUAUAAUCGUGAGAAGAUCCUUCUAUGUUAUAAUGUUCGUCAGGUCGCUCUUUUCGAUAUCGUUACGUAA